UGAAAUCGGAAUUUGAUAUGCAAGACCUAGGUGAUAGAAACGUCUGCCUGGCGGCGCCAGCUUAUCCAGAAUCCUACCCUCAUGUAGAAACUAGAAAUUCUUAACUGGGUCAUGGGUCUACGCGUGUGGGCAUGGCUUUGAAUCCAGCGGGAGAUAUAUCUCCAUCCACAUUUGAACUUCAUCGUGAACGACAAACCGUAGGUGCCGCAGAACUGUCAACGAACGUCGUCGAUCUCGAUGCGUAGUUUACCGAGUGUGGAAGGCAACCUCGAUCCUUGCAGGAAUAGCUUCGACGAUGGCGGCGCUGCUUGCAACUGGCCAUGGCUUGCAAUGGCUGUCGCUGCCCAUACUUCAGGGCUCCGAUGGUUCAUUAGCUCCAAUGCGAGUGGCUGCAGGGGGGAAUUUUUUUCUUGGAGAAGAGAAUUGGGGAAUUCGGAGACGAGCGUUGGCGCCGCCGAAAUGUGUGCUAUCAGAUGCCUCGAUAUCUUGGAAUGGGAGUCCUGUGCUGCCUGUAAUGCCGAACCAGAACUUGAACAGCAUGGUUGCGUCUCAACCUCGAAGGGAACUUGUGCUUCCUGGCAUGCGUUCAGAGAAUCGACUCAAAAUUUUCUCAGGCACUGCAAAUAAGGCUCUUUCGCAGGAAAUCGCUUAUUAUAUGGGCCUUGAUUUGGGAAAGAUUACAAUAAAGCGCUUCGCAGAUGGUGAAAUUUAUGUACAGCUGCAAGAGAGUGUACGUGGUUGUGAUGUGUUUCUAGUGCAACCGACAGGUCCACCCGCAAAUGAGAAUUUGAUGGAGCUCCUCAUUAUGAUUGAUGCGUGCCGCCGGGCGUCUGCUAAGAACGUAACAGCUGUAAUACCAUACUUUGGCUAUGCCCGAGCUGAUCGCAAAACUCAAGGACGAGAAUCCAUUGCCGCCAAGUUAAUGGCAAACUUAAUUACUGAAGCUGGGGCCAAUAGAGUAUUGGCUUGUGAUCUUCACUCAGGCCAGUCCAUGGGUUACUUUGACAUUUCUGUCGAUCAUGUGUAUGGUCAGCCCGUAAUACUUGAUUACCUGGCAAGUAAGAUGAUAUCGUCAAACGACUUGGUGGUAGUGUCACCAGAUGUUGGUGGAGUUGCUCGUGCUCGUGCAUUUGCUAAGAAGUUGUCAGAUGCCCCACUAGCCAUAGUGGAUAAGCGCAGACAAGGGCAUAAUGUUUCAGAGGUGAUGAACCUGAUCGGAGAUGUCAAGGGAAAGGUAGCAGUUAUGCUUGAUGAUAUGAUUGACACUGCUGGCACAAUCUACAAUGGUGCUGCUCUUCUUCAUGCCGAAGGAGCUCGAGAAGUUUAUGCUUGUUGUACACAUGCCGUUUUUAGUCCACCUGCCAUAGAAAGACUAUCGGGAGGAUUGUUUCAUGAAGUUAUCACCACCAACACAAUACCGAUAGCGGAGGGAAAUUAUUUUCCUCAAUUGACUGUAUUAUCGGUAGCUAAUCUUCUUGGAGAAACCAUCUGGCGAGUGCACGAGGAAGGCUCUACUAAACCCCAGAAAUACUCAAGUCUCGAUUCUCGCUGAGGUGCUUACUCUUGAGACUCUGAGCUUCUGACUGACGAGAGUAUUGCUAGGUUGUGAGGAUUAUGAAGAUGUUCGUCAUCUCACGUUGUGUGUAAAAAUAACCAUGUGUACUGUAGAUUAGAGAUGUACUAUACAGAGUAUCGUGAUAGUUAUCAGGCGUGGACCUGCAAGCCUGUGGUACUUCAAAAUUGAACUGUGUCCUUGCUCCUGGCUGUGAUGUUGAGAAUUCUACUGCAACAACGUGCCGCAGCAAGUUACUGUGUUGUUUACCCCUAUUUUGCAUCUAGACUACGUUUUUGCAAAGGUGGUUGUGUUGUUUAAUUUUGCACAAACCGUCUAUCGUA